AUGAUCAGCACUACUACGGUGUUACUACAGCUGAUGCUAUUCGCAACGAUCAUAGCUACCAUCGCCAGCCAAAAGCCGGACGAUGGACCGUAUCGGGGGAAAUAUAUUGGGAAGUUCAAUUCCUACCACCAUCAGGCGUCGGGAGACGUUUACGCGGUCGAUGAGUUUACCUUCCUGCUGACCGGCUUCAAUUACGACGGCAAUGGCGUCGACACGUUCUUCUGGUCCGGUGCUAGCAACCGGCCUGGGCCGCAGGGAUUCAUCGUUCCGGAUGAGUACGGCAAGACCAACAUCCUGGAGCGAUACUUCAACAAAGACUUUACGAUCCGGUUGCCGGACAAUAAGAAAAUCACCGAGGUCAAGUGGCUAGCCGUGUACGAUCUCAACUCGCAAAACAACUUUGCCGACGUGUACAUUCCGGAAGACUUUGAGCCACCGGUCCCGCAGAAGGCCGGUAGUCUAUCGGCGGUUGCCGGUGGUCCGGCCGUUUCGAGCGACACCAUCGACAUACUCGACUCGAAAACAUUCCGCAUCAACGAGUUCAGCUACGAUGGUAAAGGAUCGGAGGUGCACUUCUGGGUCGGUGUUGGUGCCUCGCCCUCGUCCAAGGGCAGCAAAGUGCCGGACGAGAUGGGCUACCUGGAUCCGAUCCGGGCGUACGAUCGGGAAACAAUCACGAUCGAGCUGCCCGGUGACAUGACGAUCUUCGAUAUCGAUUGGUUCAGCGUGUACGACGUGGAAGCGCGCCGAGACUACGGUUCCAUCCUCAUCUCGGACGAUCUCAAUGUUCCACCGUCGUUGGUGCGCAUUACCCCUCACGCCGAAUCGCUGCCGAACUGCCGUCAGCUACACAAAGACUACCGCGUAUCGUGGGAGGUGUUUGGACCGCAGAUCACUUUCCAGUUGGCUGGCAAUGUGCGACCUGACGAGUACAUGUCCUUUGGUCUGAGCGGGUCCGAACAGCGCAGCCAGAUGUUGGGUGCUGAUGUGGCGGUCGCCUUCAUUGACGGACACCGUGGGUACUCCGUGGACUAUAACGUGACAUCGUUGGCUCCGUGUGUGCAGGUUCUCGGUCAGAACAAGGGUGUCUGUCGGGACGAUGUGGUCGGCGGGCUGGACAGCUACCAGCUGCACACCUUCGCGCGCGAGAACGACAUCAACACGAUCACUUUCCGCCGCCUGCUGAUUUCGUCGGAUCCGGGAGACAAGGAGUUCCUACUCGAUCGCCCGAUGUACGUCGUGUGGGCGAUGGGCCGACUGGAUUCAAACAACGAGCCAACCUACCACGACGUGUACCCAAAGCGGAACGUUCUGAUGCACUUCAACACUAGCGAACCGGUGAACGACUGUUUCAGUUUCACAAGCCGCGAAACGAACCUGAAGGACGUUUGGGAGCGGCAGCAGAUCUUCGACCGCUCGAUACGCUCCUUCACGGCCACACUCGGACCGGCCGGUGGAAAGCGGGGCUACCAAGGCAUCACCGGUCACGUUUCGAACGGGCUCGCCUGGUACAUCAACGGGUUCCUGGUGCCGGAGCUGUGGCUGAGGCGGGGUCUGACAUACUCGUUUGCCGUACGCGGUGGCAACAAUCCUCAUUCGCCCGAGUUUUACCACCCGCUCGUGAUAACCGACGAACCGCACGGUGGAUUCGACCGGUUGUCCGACGCAAAGCAGAGCGAGAUCCGUGUGCUGGCAGGUGUCGAGUUCACGCGCCGUGGACGUCCGAAGCCGACAGCCGCAGGCCCCCUGUGCUUGGCGCGUCAUCCCGACGGGCAGGACCGGCGGCUGGACGAUAAUUUCGCCACGUUCAAAAAGUUCAACCGCACGCUCAAGUGGAGCUGCGAUUCGGGCGAUCCGGCGCAACUGCAAAUCACACCCAACACCAGCUGGCCCGAUGUGGUGUACUACAACAGCUUCACGCACGCCAACAUGGGCUGGAAGAUUCACAUUGUCGACAGCUACACGCAGUCGGCGCGCAACUCGGGCGAUUACAGUAGAGUUACGGUGGACGUGUUCCGAAUAACGGCGUUGGCGAUCGCAGUUUGCAGUCGGAUGGGUGCUACGUGGCCGUGGGCACUAGCAUGA